GAUCUUUGAUACUUGCCGUCAUAAUCUUCUAUCCAUUUCUCAUAGCCGCAUCUCACUCUCCUUGAGUCCAUCUUCAAAAUGGUCUCGAAGGCAGCGAGGGUCGAUGAUGAUAAGCCGGAAGCGUCCAUGAUUGAACAGUUGCUUCCGGAGGUUACUACGACCUAUGCUCUCAGUUAUUUGGAUAUCCCAAGUCUCUGCCAGUUGUCAAUGACGAGUACCUCGAUGAUGAAGGCUGCUAAUGACGACAGCCUUUGGAAGUUCCUUUAUCGCCAGGAUUUUACAGAGGAAACAAAUGGUUUAAACCCGGUUAAUGGGUGGAAGGCGUUCUAUGCAACGACUAAAGCAGUCAGGGAUGUGAACAAUGAAUUCUUUAGCAUCAUUGAUUCGAGGGAAAUUGAUAGAAUGACUAGUUUCUGGCUCAACUCUGAUUAUGUCAAGUGCUGCAAUGGCUCUGGUGAACUUGUCUCCGGGUAUGACGCAGUGAUGCAAAAAUGGGAGUUGUGUUUCGACAACUCGGACUUUGGGUGUUACGACCCCCGUGAUGUGCAGACACGGGUUCUAACCAGCGUGGCUUGGGUCACCACGUUUGCCGCCCAUAUAUCUGGCUCGUACUCCCACAUCACCAAUGUCUUUGAACUCCAUAAUGGCCGGUGGCUCAUGGUCCACCAUCAAUCCUCCAGCUCCAGUAUCCCUUGAGAAAGAAAAAAAUGAAGAAUAAAACUGCGUAUUUGGACCUGGUAUAGUACUGGUAUCUGGUUAUUACUAUUUUUUUUUU